AUGAAUUGGUUGUCUCUAUUGCUCCUACUGUCGAUAUAUACCACAUUGGGAGAAAGCAGAAAACGUUGUGUAAAAGCAAUUGGAAGAGUUCGAUGUCCGACUGAUUGGGACCGACAUUAUCGAGUGACAGUCAAGCUAAUGGACAAGGAUCGUAUGUUUUUUUGUCAUUGAUAUGUUGAAACAUUAAUCACUAAACCUCUGUAUAACGAAUUGCAAUUGACCAAGAAAAUUGUUUGUUAUAGAAGGGUUUUCCGUUCAAAAUUUUUUUGGCCUAAAAUUGAUUAUGCCGGCCUUUGAAAUUGUUCGUUAUAGAGCGGUUGUUGUUGUAUGGAGAUUUUUUCUUUUUUCGCACAGUGCAAAACAGGAUUUUUUUUUAUGCACGGGCACACCGUGUAAUAAAUGUCCAUCCACUUUAUGAAAAAACUAAUCUAAGCUGGCGCAUUUUACAAUCAGGAACACAGUAUGGAGACAUUUUAUUCUAGUGAAGUUUGUUAUACAGAGGUCCCACAUUAUUUCGGUCUGUCGGGAAAAUAAUGAGCACAAUGUCGCUAAAGUGAAAAAGCAAUUUAAUUUUGCCGCGACACAAUUCAUUUUUCUCGGCGGCGAUACGAUUUUUGUCGCGACAGAAUGCUCAUUAUUUUCCCGACAGACUGACAUAACAACAUAAUGGAGCGAAUUUGCAGCCCUCCCUUGGGAAGCGGACGACGAAAUGGGUACCACGCAGACCGAUGAAGACGGAAAUUACGUUGUUCAAGGCUGCGGUGAGGAUCUGGGCGCGUGGAACGACCCCGAUCCAUACAUUUUGGUGGAGCAUCGAUGCCCGGAGCCCGGCCAUACGAUCAGCAUUCCAAGGAGAGCCAGAGUGUAAGAAAACACUUUUUUUGUCGAUUUCUCGGCGCUCAGCCGAGAUGUCCAAAAAAUUGUUUUUGAAGUAGAAAGAAGAAGAUGUGCGGGGUUUCGUCCAAAAAAACUGUUUCUCCGCCGACACGGAAAGUAGUGAAUUCGGCGGAGACUUUUGAUCGCUUUUUUGAUCAUCCCAUCAAUCAAAACUCUUUUUUAUAAUGAUUUCUGUGGGUUGAAAAGACAACAUUUGCUGAUUUUUAUCUUUAUCAAUCUUUCGGCGAAGGCAUGGCGGACGCUUUUCAUACCGGCGGAGUCCAUAACUCGGUUUCGGACGAAGAUACAUUGUUGGGGGAAUAGCCUUGAUACUAACGGUAAUUAUGAUAUUUCAGAGUGACGAUUGAGCGCAAAUACUUGCCAGAGAUUGUCUAUGUGGAGACUGUGAGAAUCGACGAAAACACACGGUUUUGA